UGUGUCACUGGGGUCUCUAUGGAGACGGGAAUCAACAGCCGAGCCUCGCCCCGCCGGCAGCGGCGCGUCUCCAAGAGCCAGAGGGGUGGUUUUCUCCCCCUUUUUUUUGCAAGGCGCAGCGUAGUGGAAGGCAAGCAGGAAUCUCUGCCCACCAUUUGCUGAUGAAUUUUAAAAUUUGCAACCCGGGACCUCUUAACUGUUGAAACAUAACUAACCUGUGGUGGAGAAUUGCAUUGCGAAAUUUGUAGAAGUGUGAAUUUUGAAGGAUAGCUGUGUUCACGUAGUGCUUUGAAGUGACUUGAACAUCAUGGCUGAGAGCACAGACAUGGCUUCAUUGGAGGAGAGCUUCCGAAAGUUUGCCAUCUACGGCGACACCAAAGCUACAGGGCAAGAAAUGAAUGGCAAGAACUGGGCCAAACUGUGUAAGGAUUGUAAAGUAACCGAUGGCAAAGGGGUCACCAGCACAGAUGUGGACAUUGUCUUCAGCAAGGUGAAAGGGAAGACGGCCAGAGUCAUAAACUAUGAGGAGUUCAAGAAGGCCUUGGAGGAGCUGGCUCCAAAGAGGUUUAAGGACAAAAGCAAAGAGGAAGCGUAUGAAUCCAUCUGCCAGCUGGUGGCAGGCAAAGAACCGACUAACGUGGGCGUCACUAAAGCCAAGGCUGUGGGCGCGGUGGAGAGGCUCACCGACACGUCCAAGUACACAGGCUCCCACAAGGAACGUUUCGACGAGAGCGGGAAGGGCAAAGGCAAGAGCGGACGGGAGAACAUUGUGGACAACAGCGGCUACGUGUCGGCCUACAAGCACGCCGGCACUUACGAUGCCAAAGUGAAGAAAUAGGAGAGGCUGCCGCACCCGUUUGAAGGAAGGGCCACCCUAAUGACACGCCCCCUUGCCCUCGUGGGGGUUCAGCUCUGCCCGGCCUCACUCCAGCCCCAGAGCAAUAGCUGGAAGGGGUGCCUGUCCUUGAAUGGUUUACGCAGCUGCAGUGUGACCCAGCCACGCACCUCGCUUCCCAAAGUUACACAAACUCAGACUUUUAUCUGCGGCACCCACCUGCGCAGCCUACCAAAGGCCUCUCCACCUCAAAUGUCUCCCUUACCUCACUCUAACCAGCCCCCUCCCCACUGCUUUCCUCUCUAGUGCUAAUAAUGGGAAUCUCCUGCACCGUAGAGAAAAUAAAAGGAAAGCUUCAUUUGUCGUGCAGCUUCUAGGGCCACAAAGCUUCUGUCAGGGCAACAAGAUGGCUUCCCAGGCUUCUAACAGCAUUUCCUCAUAGCUCUUGCUCUUCCAACCCAUGAUGAUGUCUACUUCCUGUUUGCAGGGGACCCCAGUGCUUCCAUCGGCAUCAUUUCACCGCUUUUGAUUGUAUCAGAAAAGCAGUAUAUAAAAUAAAAGUACUACUCACAA